UAGUAAUGUUUACAGUAAACGACUUGCGUAAUAUAGCGAGCGUUUAUAUCUGGUAUCUGACUGUCUCCCCUCGUCUACAGCACUUGGUUGCGUCCAAACUUGGUUGGUGAUUUUGGUUCAGCGUGUAUGGCAUCGCAUUCAUUCAACUGAACGCGAAAGUGCGCCGGUCCUUCGCCGUCCUCUGCUGUCAAUGGCUUUCGGGGUUUGUUUUAUUUGAAUGUCUGGACUUCUAUUUUUUUUUUUUUUUUUACAAUUUCGCCCUAAAAACCAAUAAUGGAUAUCCUAUGGAUUUUAUGGAUACUACCCACAGCACUGGCUCUUGAAGAAACUUUAAUGGAUUCCACUACAGCAACAGCUGAGUUGGGAUGGACGGUAUUUCCUGUAUCUGGCACCAGUGAGAACAGUUGGGAAGAGGUGAGCGGGUACGAUGAGAACAUGAACACUAUUCGCACCUACCAAGUGUGCAAUGUCUUUGACGCCAACCAGAACAACUGGGUCCGCACCAAGUACAUCCACCGGCGAGGAGCUCAGCGCAUACAUGUGGAGAUGAAGUUCUCAGUGCGGGACUGCAGCAGCAUCCCCCGGGUACCAGGUUCCUGCAAGGAGACUUUCAACCUCUACUACUAUGAAUCAGAUGGUGACACUGCCACUAAAGUGCACCCUCCGUGGAUGGAGAAUCCAUGGAUCAAGGUGGACACCAUCGCUGCGGAUGAAAGCUUCUCACAGGUUGACCUGGGAGGACGCGUAAUGAAGAUCAACACAGAGGUACGCAGCUUCGGGCCUGUCUCACGUAACGGUUUCUACUUGGCCUUCCAGGAUUAUGGCGGCUGCAUGUCACUCAUUGCCGUCCGUGUCUUCUAUCGUAAAUGCCCACGGGUCAUCACGAAUGGUGCCGUUUUUCAAGAGACUCUUUCAGGGGCUGAGAGUACUUCCCUGGUCGCAUCGAGGGGAGUGUGCAUCCCCAAUGCUGAGGAAGUUGAUGUACCCAUCAAACUCUACUGUAAUGGAGAUGGCGAGUGGAUGGUGCCCAUCGGCCGGUGCAUGUGUAAAGCGGGACAUGAACCUGUGGACAAUGGCACUGUAUGUCGAGCAUGCCAGUCGGGUUUCUUCAAGCCAGCGCAGGGCGAUGAGGCGUGUCUGCCAUGUCCCAUCAACAGCCGCACCACCAACGAUGGUGCUACCAACUGUGUGUGUCGCAACAACUACUACCGCACCGACUCGGACCCCAUCCAGAUGCCCUGCACAACCGUACCAUCGGCUCCACAGAAUGUGAUCUCCAACGUGAAUGAAACGUCACUGAGGCUGGAAUGGAGUCCACCACGUGAGAGCGGCGGUCGCGGCGAUGUCGUUUACAACGUGAUCUGUAAGAGCUGUGGUGGCAGAGGCUGUACACGAUGCGGCGACAACGUUCAGUUCACGCCACGUCAGCUGGGCCUCACCGACACGUGGGUCUACAUCAGUGACCUGCUAGCUCACACACAGUACACCUUUGAGGUGCAGGCUGUCAAUGGAGUUUCAGACCAGAGCCCACAUUCACCCCAAUACGUGUCUGUCAACAUAACAACCAACCAGGCUGCUCCCUCCACAGUUUCAAUUAUUCACCAGGUUAGUCGUACAGUGGACAGCAUUACUCUGUCUUGGUCACAACCGGAUCAACCCAACGGAGUCAUUCUGGACUACGAGCUGCAAUAUUAUGAGAAGGAUCAGACUGAGCAUAACUCAUCCAUCGUGAGGAGUCAGACCAACACAGCCAUCAUCCGCGGCCUCAAGCCUGGGGGAAUUUAUGUGUUCCAAGUGCGGGCACGUACUGUGGCUGGGUUCGGACGCUACAGUGGCAAGAUGUACUUCCAGACCAUGACAGAGGAGGAAUACAACACCAGCAUACAGGAGAAACUGCCUCUCAUCAUUGGUUCAGCAGCAGCCGGGCUAGUCUUCCUCAUUGCUCUGGUGGUCAUCAUCAUUGUGUGUAACCGGACAGACGAAAGGUGGAAUCAAUCAAGACGUGGCUUUGAGAGAGCAGACUCGGAAUACACAGACAAGCUGCAGCACUACACCAGCGGUCACAUGUCACCAGGAAUGAAGAUCUACAUCGACCCAUUUACCUACGAAGAUCCCAACGAGGCAGUAAGAGAGUUCGCCAAAGAGAUUGACAUCUCAUGUGUGAAGAUUGAGCAGGUCAUCGGAGCAGGUGAGUUUGGGGAGGUGUGCAGCGGCAACCUGAAGCUACCAGGAAAGAGGGAGAUGUUUGUCGCCAUUAAGACACUGAAGUCGGGCUACACCGAGAAACAGAGGAGGGAUUUUCUGAGUGAGGCCAGCAUCAUGGGACAGUUUGACCAUCCUAAUGUCAUACAUCUGGAAGGAGUAGUGACCAAAAGCAGCCCUGUGAUGAUUAUCACUGAGUUUAUGGAGAACGGCUCACUCGACUCUUUCCUUAGGCAAAACGAUGGGCAGUUCACUGUGAUCCAGCUAGUAGGCAUGCUGCGUGGUAUUGCCUCGGGAAUGAAGUACCUCGCUGAUAUGAAUUACGUGCACCGUGACCUGGCAGCCCGGAACAUCCUAGUUAACAGCAACCUGGUGUGUAAGGUGUCAGACUUUGGGCUCUCGCGCUUCCUGGAGGAUGACACAUCUGACCCCACCUACACCAGUGCUCUGGGUGGAAAAAUCCCCAUCCGCUGGACUGCACCUGAAGCCAUCCAGUACAGGAAAUUCACCUCAGCCAGUGACGUGUGGAGUUACGGCAUCGUCAUGUGGGAGGUGAUGUCCUACGGAGAGAGGCCAUACUGGGACAUGACCAAUCAGGAUGUGAUCAAUGCUAUUGAGCAAGACUACAGGCUGCCUCCACCUAUGGACUGCCCCAGUGCCCUGCACCAGCUCAUGCUCGAUUGCUGGCAGAAGGACCGCAAUAAUCGUCCCAAAUUCAGCCAGAUUGUUAAUAACCUGGACAAGAUGAUUCGUAACCCCAACAUGCUGAAGGCCAUGACACCUCUUUCUUCAGGUGUACACUUGCCCUUGCUGGACCGCAGCAUGCCUGACUUCUCCAGCUUUAGAAAUGUGGACGACUGGCUGGAUGCUAUCAAGAUGGGACAGUACAAGGACAACUUUGCCAACGCUGACUUCACCAGCUUCGAUCUAGUCUCACAGAUGACAAUGGAGGACAUCCUCAGGGUGGGCGUGACUCUUGCAGGUCACCAAAAGAAGAUCCUCAACAGCGUGCAAAUGAUGAGGGCGCAGAUGAACCAGAUCCAGUCGGUGGAGGUUUGACCUCCUGGCCUGAUCCUUCACACGGAGGCAGGAAGGACAAGUGGACAGAUGGAGGUGGAUGUGUGCUGAGCCUAAUUUUUCCCUCUAGGCCACCAUUUUUUCCAAGGAAAUCUCCUCUGCUCCUCUCUUCCUAAACCUGCCCUCCAUGACCUCCCCGUUCCCCUACAAACCACCCAGCCAGCCUUGUGGGCUCACACUGCGACAGUGUCAUCCUACAGACAUCGAUGACACUUCUGCCCCAUCCAUCAGUUGUCACGACUGCCAAAACAUAGCAAGGAGGAAUUUUCACCAACCAAGAGCAUGUCCAUCUUCUUGCUCUUGCUCUUACUUCACUACGAUUAUUCAUUUUAUUUUUUUUUUAUUGUCAUCUAUGUUCUUUUUAAUGAUUUUUUUCUAAAGAUUUUGUAAAGGAAAAAAAAAAGCUACAUGAACAGAAAGGAUCUAUAUGAUAUAUAGAUACAUUAAAAACUGUAGAUGGAUUACACAGAAAGGCUACCCUUUAAAAGGGCGAAAUACACCGAAAAGAAAGGUACAUCACCGCGCAUUGUGCUCUGUUAUUCUAUUUUAUUGUGGAAAUCAUCCAAUAGGAAUACUGACUACCUGCUCAGAGGCUACAAAUGGAAGAAACCAUGGAACUAUGAUUCCUGUGCCAUCAUUAGGAAAGGCAGAGAAAAGGAGAUUAACACCAUGAAAUGGAAACUUUCUCUUGACUGCCAUUAUUGCCACAAAGGAAAAAAAGACACUUCUGUUAUUUAGCUGUUUGAAACACCCAAAAAAACCAACAAAAAAAUGUCUUCUCUCCUAAAUAGUAAUCUCGUUGACAGUGUUGACUUUGUAGUGAAGAUUUCCUCUGCUUCCAGUCACCAUGGGGAAAAAGACCAUUAUUAUUUUUUUUCUUUUUACAGACAUCAUUACCUGCCAAAUAGGACAUCGUUCUGUCCUACCUCAUAGCUCGUAGGUCCUUCUGUACAUAUCAGAUGCACUUGACAUUGGGACAUCGACAAUGUAGUCACCAAGUGUGUGACUCUCUUCAUUCAGGCAAUGAUGGGGUUAAUAUGACUCUUCAUAGUUUUCCCCUAUUUUAAAUCAAAUGCUUGUUGUGGAUUUGAAUCAUUUAGAACAUGACACACCAUAUAUUGAUUCCCUUCAGAUGUGUAGAGAUAAAGAUAAAGCUUUAGGGUGUUUUUUUUUUCAUUAUAAUUAUUAUUAUUAUUAUUAUUAAUUUCCGUUUUACCUAGAAGGACCCUGAAUAAACAUAGGUUUGAUUUUUUUUUUACACAGUUUCAUCUUCAGCAUAGAAUUAAACAAUCAAAUUAGAAGGUCCUUUUCAGCAUCACAUGGUGUUUUCCAUUGGGACGGUACUGUGAACACGAGCAUAGUGUUAUAAUGAUUCCAGUGGCCGUGAGGUUAUUAUUAUUGUUAUAAAAUGGUACUGUUAGCACACUUAAUAAGUGGCUAAAUCGCUUAAGAACAGGAGGACGAGUUCUCCGUUUUAAAUGUGGUUUGUUUGACUGGAUAAAUAUAAAAAGCUAACAGACACUCAUGCACAUCCCCAAAACAGUGAGUCUCCAAUGGUACUCAAGAUGUCUGCCUUGUUAUCAACAUGAAGAGCAUAAAACAUCAAAAAAAAACAAAAAACAUGUAAAUAUCCGUGUAAGAAAUAUGUGUUGGAUUUUAGUGUACAGAAUUUUGUUGUUAAAAAUGAAUUAAGAGCUGUUUAAUCUGGGCCUUUUUUUUCUAUUGGAGAGAGACGAUGGAGACUGUGGGAUCCAUCCUUUAGAAUGGUCAUAGUGAGCAGUGUGGCAGAUACUGAACAGACACGAAAACCACAGCCACCUCCAGCUGUGCUACAUGAUGUGUGUGUGCGGUGUGUGUGUGUGUCCUGGCAUGGAGGUCACUUGUGGUUAACAGUGCUCAAUUACACUUUGUCUAGCUCAGCUCACCAGAGACUUCCUCCGCUCCAUAACCUCAGGGUUGACGUACAUCUUUAAUACAUUUAAAACCCCUCGGUACAGAGCAGCUAGUCACUUCGACCACACUUCAGUUCACAUAAGCUCCGCUGGCUGAUUCUAUGCUUCAGAGUGGCGUGAUGUGAACGGAUUAAUACAGCACAGUACUCAUCUGGCGCCGAUUUUCUGACCACAGAUGCAUCAGUGCUGCUUCUGCUGUGUAUCUUCAUUUGUUCCCAUUACAUGAAUUGUUCCAUAGGAAUUUCUGCUUAUCUCUAGUACUAUCAUGCUAUACACACACACACACACGCACAUAUACAUACAUGUGUGUGUGUGUGUGUGUGUGUUAGGUGGCCAUUUUAUCUUCAGUAGGCAUAACUCUCGGGAUUAAUUCACCAUCCUGCUUGUGAUCAAUCCCAUUUUACUGGUUUCAUCAUUUCUUUUGUCUAUCCAGGCCGCUUUUUUUUCAAGAAUAGGUUAUUAUUUAUUUAAUAUGUGACUAUCAGGAUUUUGCCCACAGCGGUUCCAUGAAUCAGCGUGACUAUUUAAUGGGCUGAUGGAUAGAGACACAGAUUCUGAACUUUCUAAAAUUCUUCACUGAUGCUACACUUUUGCAUAACCCUUUACUCCUGCUCCAGUGUUCCAAUAAUUAAUGGCACCUCAGUCUUCCUAAGAAUAGCAUCUCUUUCUUUCUUUCUUUCUCUCAUCUCUGUUUGCAUACCAACUCCCAAUUUGCAUUAGAGAGAAGAGUGACUGCAUUAUGUUUGAAUUUCUGUUGCACAGUGAAAGUGAGAGGGAGAAAGUAAUCUGAAGACUGCCAUUGUAAUAAAUAAGUGGAAGUGCAAUGUGUUUAUCUGCUGUAGUAUAAAUACCACUUCGGCAUCUGAAAAGUAAUACAGCCUUUAUCAGCCCUGGUUGCUCUUCUUAAAUAAAUGCACAGCUUUUGAAAUGAAGUGAAAUGACAUUUUAAGACUCUUCAAGAGUCAUACAUUCAGGGGCUUAUAGUUCACUUGCUUAGAAUUAAGCUGUUUCAAGGAAAUAAGAAAGACUCCCUGAACAAAUAUAAACGUGAACAUACACUGAUGAGUAAGAGUAUGUCAUCUAGUUUAAUCAUUUUUUCAUCAGGCAACAAUAAAAAGAAAAUAUUUAGGCUUAGUAAUCAUGUUUCUAGACAUUUGGACAAUUCAAGACAAAUUGUCGUGUGUUUUUGGCAAACAUUUGCUUCUUUCUAGAAAGUUUCCUUUCAGAAAUUAGCUUUCUAUAAAUGAAUUCAUUGAUUAAAUAAAUAAAUAGUAUUCAAAAGGACUGUAAUAAUGGCAUGGUAUACUAGGAAUACUUCAAGUAAAAGUAAAAAGGGUUUCGUACGGGUUUUUGUUAUUUGUUACUUGUUAAUUUCAAUUAUUUAUUCCUAGAAAAACAAACAAUAAAGUCAAUGUCAAUAACUCAAGUCCAGUUGAAGCUUCAAAUGUCUAGAAAUAAGAUUCAUACUUAUAUGUGCUUUAUCAUAAUCUCCUAAUGCGAAAUAUAAGAUCACUUAUGUAUAUUUGAGACAUUUUCACUUGCAAAUGUCUCACAACUCUGUGGUGCUCUCUGUGGUUGAAAAUAUCACCACACAUCUCUAUGGGAUUCUGUUAUCAUGUUUUGUUUUUUCUUUUUAGAAGUUUCUAGCAGGUUAUUAGACAUAACUGUGUUAGACACUGUAUAUCAGUGAGUAUGUGGCUGUAAAGGAACACCUUAUGUGAGGCUUAAACCACUUUGUAACAACAAACUAAUUUGUGCUCAUUACGCCAGACACUGUCCUCAGGCACAAUGUGACAGCACUCUUCUCUAAUAUUUAGUCUUUUUUACGUCAGAUGCUUCCAUUUCUAACUUAUCCUGUAUUGGCUCUGCUCUACAUUUUUCAUAUCCUUUAAAAGUCUCUUUUUUGCUAAACCCAUUAAUCAGCAGAGGAGUCCAUAACUCUGUAUUCUCUUUAAAAAACUCUUUAGAAACAGUUCUUAUGCUCUAAAAACAGACUCAGUAUUUACCCAGGCACGCUGAAUCCUAAUGGUACAGAUAAUUUUUUCCUCCCGGUGUGUUUUUAACUACUAGGACUGAAGUUUCGAUCUCUGCAGGAGUCCAACUGCUUCAUCCAUCAUUCUGUUUCAUGUUCUGUCCGUCCUUUAAUUUGACCAGAAUGCUAUGUAAACAUCAAAGUUGUAAUAAAUGAGAUGUGAUCGUAAGAGUGUGAAAGAAUAUUAUGCAGAGCGAGUAAGCGAUUCGUAUCGGCCGUUUUCAUUGGAUUGUCUCACCACAAAACCAUACCAUACACGUUGGAAUUUUUAGGUUAUUUGUCAUGUCAUGCUAGUCAGGCUGAGAACUCAAAAGCUGAUCGGCAAGAUAUCAUGUGCUCAACUCGAUGGCAUGUGUAUACAAAUUCAACAGCCACAUGUCACUGAGCAGUUAUUAAAAUAACUAAUAGUCAUUUCGGUGGUGACAGUUGUGCUGUGUAUACAUCUUAACCACCAACAAUUCUCCUCUCUCACCACUGGCAAGUUUAAUCAUGACUGCCGUGCCACUCCGCUCAGUUUAUAAGCCCUUUUGCUAAAAGCUGAGAGCGACAGCAAGCUGUGAACGGCAUAUGCUUUCGUUCUCUGCAGAACCAUUCACCAACUGUGUGCCAGUUGUAAAAUGGAAGCGAAAGACCAUUUUGUCUCAGUGUUACAAUGAGCAGUGAAUGUAAACACAAGAUGUCCCUGGCUCCUUCUGUCGCUCUCUCUCUCUCUCUCUCUCUCUCCCUGGUGCGGCCCGCGUCCUCCAAAUAUGGUCCAAAGUGUUCAGGAGAGAAAAUGGCUCCUAAACGUGGAGCUGUUGCCCGUAGCAUAACUGUGCCCUCUGGUGUCUGGAUGGCAAUACUGCAGUAUGGCUGUGAUGGAGCUUCCCUGUGUCUCAGCCCUGAUUCUGCAUGCAGGACAGGGGACAACUCUCCCUCUGACAGGCAGGGCUCACGUAGAGCUCUGUCCGCCCUGACCACUGUGACACACAUGGGAGGUCCUGUUUUUGAUGUAUAAAAUGUACAUUUGACUGUAACCCUGUGAAUGAUGUAACAAUUUCAUUAUUUGUAAUAUUGUUAUCGGUUUAUUUUCUAAAAAUGCAGAAAAAAAAAGCCCAACUUGACUCUCCUCAUUAAAAGUGAAAUGAGAUCUGUUAUAAA